UAUGCUUAUUACUUCCUUUGUCUGUAAUAUUGUUUAGUGACUUGGAAGAUACAAGUAUCAUAUUUACCGUUUAUAUAUCGUAUACUUAUUAUCAAUACGAUGAGGAACCGUUAUAUUGGUGUAACUCUCUUGGCUGCUCUUAGUUUUACAGCUGGUCAACAUAUAUACUCUAGAGAGAUGGCAGAUGACCGCGAGGAAGUCCUUCGAAUUCAAAAUGAAAUAAAUCAGCUCAAAGAAGAACUUGUUGCCAUCAAGGAUACAAUUGCUUUCCAAUCUUCACUAACCAAGGCUCUGGAAAACAUGAAGGAACAAGAGACUGUGAUCUUUGAUAAGGUUUCGUUGAACGAAGGAAACGCUUACGACAAAACCUCCGGAAUAUUUACAGCACCAAUGGACGGAAUCUAUUCCUUUACGUGGUCAAUGUUAACACAAAAGGGAAAAUAUUUCGUCUCUGAUAUUGUGCGGAAUGGCCAUAAAGUUGCAUCUAAUUAUUCCGAUGGAAGGGGUCACGAUCAUGGGUCUAUGUCAACCGAACAUGCUAACAUCAAAAUGAAGAAAGGCGAUAAAGUGUGGAUUAGAACCCGUGGAACCUGGGGACAGUAUGCCCAUGGUGGAGAUUGGUGUUCUUUUUCUGGAGUAAAAUUGUAGACAGUAUACCUAUAUGGAUAUCAAAAUAAAGCAUUUGAAGGUUUAAAAAGUUCAUUAGUUUUUGUAUUUUCCUAUGCAAAGGCAUUCAUGACAGUUUUGAAAUACAAAAAUUAAAAAUAUUAUACAUACACAUUGUUCAUUUUAUGGUUUUAAAAUUGUAGUCAGGACAGUGGCUUUAGACGCUAACGAUCGUCUAUCUCCUUAAUUAAUUCCAAAGGGAACGAGCUUGAAACAACAUGGAGACGUAUAAAACAUUGUAUGUACAAUAACUAAUGCAAUACAUUACGUAAAAUUGCAUACAAUGUAUAUUGAAACUUACAGGUUUACUAAAAAUAUUUUUUGCCGAAUUCAAUAAAUGCUUUUAACGAAA